CAAAAGCAGAGAUCAUCAGGCAAACUCGUACUCGAGAGUUAACGGCCACCGCCAUCCUGAAGAUGCUCCUAGGAUGAAGCAGGAGAACAAGAAGAAGAAGAAGAGACCCUUGAGAGACAACGGCAUCAAGACUUCCACUCCAAAGGCAAAUCCCAACACCAGACACCGGGGGGAUGGCAGCAGGGACAUUGAGGGGGACACGGAGGAAGGAACCAGUAAUGAUCACCAGGCCACGAUCAGAGAACUGCUUGAAACAGAGACCAAGAUGAGAAGGAAAUUGGAUGAAUUGGAGUCGAGUUUUGAGGAAGUCUCCUCCAGAAAACAGGAUGCAUUAGACGAUCUGAAGACACUACGCGAGGCGGUCCAUCGUAACAAGCGAGACAUCCAGAAUGCUGAGGAGAUUGCCAGAGAGAACAUGGAGAGAGCUGAUGGUCUCAGGUCAGAGUUGAUGGUCUUGGAGUACCAGCGUGAUCAAGCCAGGAGGGAUCUUGAAGAUUUGACCCAAUCACUUGGAUCCUUCAAGCAGUCCCACAGACACGGAGUGUCGGAAGAAGAGAAUGCUGGCACGGGCAAUAACCUUCUUGGACUAUCUCCAAAAGAGGUAAUCGCAGUGAUCAAGGAGAGAGAUGAAUUGAAGACAAGGUUACGUAACGGCGAGGGAGACCUGUCUCCGAUUGAGAGGUCGGAACUGGAGAGACAACUCAACUACACCAAGCAGGAGCUGUUCAACGGACAGAAGUCAUCCCGGGAAAAGCUGGAAUCUCUGGAAGAGGAGUUGGAUGAAAGCCGCCACAGGAUGGACGAACUGCUGGUAGAGAAGACUAACCUAGCGGAGAAGGUGCAAGAACUACUGGCUCUGGUAGGAUCCGAGCAGAGCAAUGAAAUGCACUCGCAUUUAGAGGAAAGAAACCAGCUUCUUGAGCAGCUGAGCAGCAAGCUCCAGAAGGAGCUGGACCCACUUCGCCACCAGGCCCAUGAGCGGGACCAGCGGCUCCAGUCCCUGACAGCCACAGCCUCGGAGAAGGACGCAUUGAACAGCGCCCUCAGGGACAAGAUGGUGGAGAUGCAGCGGGAGGCCGAGGAGGAUCGCAGGGAGGCGGAGAGGAGGAUCAAGGAGGCAGAGGGGAAGGUGCGGAACGCGGAUGUUGCUAAGGAGCUUGCCUUGGUGGAGUUGAGGGAGACACUACUCAGGGAGAAGGAGGAGGAGAUGGCACAACUCAAAUUGAGUCUUGAAAAGGAAAAAAAGGAAGCACUCACUGCGCUGGAUGAGAAGACCUCAGAGAUGAUGAUGAUUACUCAGCGCUCUUUAACAGAGAAAGAAGAAGACCUGAAAGCAGUCAAGUUGCAGCUUGUGCAACACACGGAGGAAGCCAACAAGAUGGAACAACAACUCAGGGAACAAGCAGAAGAGCAGAUCAAGGCAGCGGUGGACAAGGAGCGACAGGACAGGGAGGAGGAAUACUCCAGGAGACGGAGGGAGGAGAACGUGGAGAAGGAGCUGGAGGUUGCCAAGGAGACGUCACGGUUACAAGGAGAGCUGCUCGUUACUAGGCAGAGGUUGGAGCACCAGCAGACCACCGUCGGAGUCCUGAAAGAGGAGUUGGAUAAAUUACGGGAGGAGAAUCUGGCGGCAGGUCGUGAGAAGGUGGAGGCAGUAUCUGAGGCCAGGGAGAAAGCUAGGGAGGAUAUCCAGAGGGAGUUAGAUCAACUCAGGGAACAGCUUGCCAAGGAAAACCUACUGGAGGUGGACAGACUGCGCAUGAAACUACGCCAGCAGGAGGAGGAGCUGACCAAAUUGAGGUCAGAGGUCAAGGUUCAUCAAGACCAGGAGGCCAGGUCGGCCGGGGUAACAGGAAGCAAGAGCAUCCUGGCCGAGAUCAACGAGGAGUGUAAGCGAACGGCGGCUGUGAUUGGCUCGACCCCGAUGAAGAUGAACAUCUCAAGUAUCAGGGGCAGCAAAUCACUCAACGGAACCCUGUCACCCAAGAGCCCCCUCCACAGCACGCCUGACUCCACCCACGGCCCCGGGCGCACCCAGGUCAUGGCUGCCCUGACCAAUCUAAGAAUCAGCAACGAAGAGCUUCGGAACUUCGUGCAGACACUCAAGACUGACCUGGAAAGACAGAAGAGGGCGCUGUCCAAAGCGCAGAAAGAAAAGGACCAUCUUUCUCAGGUAGAAGAGCUCCAACAGCAGAUAUCACGGCAACGGACUACUGAUUCUGCUCUGCAGCAGCGUCUCCUAGACAAGGACUCUGAGCUGAGGGAGAUACAGCAGAGCAUGACCCAGUGGAAGGAGGAGACGGCACUCAAGAUGGCCAAGAAGUUUGAGGAGGAACUCGGCAAGGAAUUAGAGAUUCGUCUUCAGGAAACAGGCAAGCGAGAUGGGUCCUCCUACAGGGGAAGUCAGUCUGAUCGGGGGUCUAGAAACUCAUCGGGUAAUGGUAGCCCCUCCAUCGUCUCAUCAGCAAGCGACGCCUCCACCAUCCGUCUCUUGAGGCAUCUCCAGGAGAGAGUCAAGCAGCUCAGGACGGAGAACAUGACCCUGAGAAGGAGCAGCAGUCGAGGGCCGUUUGAGAGCUCAGGAGAGGAGAGGGCCAGCCCGCACUCCAGCAAGAACAGUGAGAGUGAAGACAAGGACCAUCUGUUGUACCAGAUGCAGCAGCGAGUCAAGCUGCUGGAACGCCAGCUGCAGGUGGCCGAGGAGCGUUGCCGAGAGAAUGCCGCCUCCGUCAGUGAAAAGGUGUCUGAGAAUAGCCGACUGCAGGGCGCCCUCACGCAGCAAACCAAGGAAUUGAUGAAGAUGGAGAGGGCUUACUCCAAGCUAGCCAGUCCAGGGCGGACGCCCGUCCGGAUGUGACAACCAGUCUGAAGCUUCCACAAGGCAUUACAUGUGAGUGACUUCGGCUGAUGACCCAACUCACCCAAAUAUCUUAACAAUUUAUGGAGGUUUUGUCAGGUAUUUAUGCAGUAUGGUGUUUCAAAAUUUGGACAAAAUUUGGACAACAUUUGCACAGCAUUUGCACAUAAUCAUUUUUCAGGUUAGCCACUCCUUGCACAUUGAACAUUAUAAGGGCAAUUGUUUUAUUUAAUAAAUCUGCUCACAAAAUGACUCACAGGCUUAUUAAAAAAAAAACUUUUUUGAAAAAAUGCUACUUUCUGUUUGUGGGAACAGUUCACAUGUUUCAUGAGUGAAU